GCUCUAGCUACGUCAUUACAAAAAACACACAGUCACACACUUAAAAAAGGUCGCGUGCUUAUAUUAUAUAAGAACUUGAUAAAUGAUUAGCAAUUUGUUGUGUUCUUUAUAGGUUAGAGACUUUCGAGAGCCAUUUACAUUUUAGUGAUAGAGAAAGAAACUGACAUAUUAUGCAUACAUUGCAUGCAAAUCUUUUGUAAUAUAUUGUAGGCAUUAUUGCUAGCUGUUGUCGUCGAUUGAUAUCUCCGGCGACGUAAGGCCGAGAAAAUGGGAAGAGCGCCGUGUUGUGAGAAGGUGGGGCUGAAGAGAGGGCGGUGGUCGGCGGAGGAAGAUAAACUUCUGAUCAACUACAUUGAAGCCAAUGGUGAAGGUUCUUGGAGGGCUUUACCCAAGAAUGCUGGUUUGCUAAGGUGUGGGAAGAGUUGCAGACUGAGAUGGAUUAAUUACUUGAGGUCGGAUUUGAAGAGAGGGAAUAUCUCUGCUGAAGAAGAAGAAUUGAUCGUCAGGUUGCAAGCCACUCUAGGCAAUAGGUGGUCAUUGAUAGCGGGACACCUACCAGGUAGAACAGACAAUGAAAUUAAGAAUUACUGGAACUCUCAUCUCAGUCGAAAGAUUCAGGGUUCUCAAAUUUCCUCCGAUCAGAAUCAGGCCGGCGAAAGUUCUAGUCUCUCAUCGGGAGAUUCGACCACCACAAAGGCCACCGGACAGAAACGGAAACACAAAGCCCCUGUCAAGUCCGCCGCCGCCGGCGGUCGAGCCGGAUCUAAAUCUCGACAACCAAAUCAUAAGAAAAAGAAGCCGAUCAGCACUUCCGAUAAUACCGACCAUCCAUCGUCGUCGGAAGAACCUUCUUCAGAGGCACCGGAAGUGGAUAAAAAUGUUCAAGAGGCCAUUUUCGAUGACAUAAAUUUUACGGGUCCAGACCCACUCGCCGGGGAUGAGUUAAGUCCGUCAAGGAGUAUUUCCGGAGAUCAUAUGUGCAGCUCAAGUUCCAGUACCACUGAUUCUCGGCCUCUGGGGAGGGAUUAUGAUCAGAAGCAAUGCACUUCCGAGUUCACGUCUUUUGAGGAUUUGCUAGCCGUUGAUUCUGCUGAUCGUCAUGGUUUGAUGGAUAUUAUGGAUUGUGAUUUUGACGGAGACCGGAAUAAUUGGGAUAUUGAUAAUGACGACGGUGCCGAUUUAGCGGCUGUUUUUAAUGUGGAAGCUCAGGACAUGCUUUCCUGGUUAUGGGAUUUCGAUGACAGUAUUAGUGCCGGCCUUGAUGCCGGUGCCGGCGUUGGAGAUCUUGAAUAUGGAAACGUGCCGACGGCAGCGGCGGCAGCGAGGGUUGAUGAAAAGCAUGAUGCUAUGGUUGCCUGGCUUCUCUCUUGAGCCUUGACUUUUUUCCUUAGAUACGUCAUCUUUGUCUUUGGUACGGGGUGUUUUUGUCUUUUUGUGGCUGUCUGAGGAGUUUGGAGGCUGAUAAUUUUGUCAUGUUAUGACUUGCUUUUGCACUGUUGGAAAAUUAAGUCAAGAUUGGUAAAUAAAAUAAAAUCAAACAGAUCCAUAUGUUGGUAUGCCGAAUCGCCGACCAAAAAGUUGCACCUCUACCCUCUGUUUGAUAAUCACUUAAUAUAGUGAUUUAAUUUAUUUAAGUAUUUAAUGAAAUUUAGUGUAUCUGAUAAUUGCUAUAAAAAAAUUUUAAUGGAUUAAAUGUUGAAUUAAUUAAUUAUUUAUAAAUUAAGU